ACGCCCCCCUUGGAAGAUAUCUCUUUCCCCCACUACUCUUCAUCCGAAAGUCUUCUUCUUCGUCUUCAAUCCUCGCCCCUUCGAUCUUCACCCGCACCCACCACCCAAAUGGAUCCGACCCACCACUCGACCACCUCUCAUUCCCACGCCCACCAUACGCCCAACACCAGCGACCUCAUGGCCAGCGCCAAGCUCGUGGCGGAGGCCGCCAAGUCCACCUUCAGCCACGAGUCCGACAAGAUCGACCGGGCCAGGGUCGCCGGGGCCGCCUCCAACCUCCUCGAGGCCGCCUCCCACUACGGUAAGCUCGAGGAGAAGAGCUUCGGCAAGUACGUGGAGAAGGCCGAGGACUACCUCCACCAGUACGGGUCCUCCCACCCCUCCGCCGCCGCCGCCGCCGCCGGCCACCACGCCCCGCACGCUGGAGCCCCUGCUGCCGCCGCGGAGGAAGCCGCCGGCGCCGGCGCCGGCGCGAGGCCCCACCACUCGUCGGCCCAUUCCGGGGGCGAGGAGGAGCACUCCGGGAGCGGCGGGUACGGGGAUUACAUGAAGAUGGCACAAGGGUUCCUCGGCUCCGGCGGCGGGAACGAACAUUCCGGGAGCGGCGGGGGAUACGGGGACUACAUGAAGAUGGCUCAGGGUUUUCUCAAGAAGUAGUAGCGAUCGUCGCUAGCAAUUACAGAGAUAUCCCGUGAAUCUUCAGUAGUCUGCGAUGUGUCGGGCGCCAUCUCUCCCUCUGUUUACGUUGUUUGUACUUGUACUUGUGUUUGUGUU